ACCAAGUGAAAUAACGGAUACAGAAUAUGAGAUCUGUGUUGAGGACACCCUUGAUUCGUUGACUGAAUUUUUUGAGGAUUUACCUGAAAUUGAACCAUGCAAUGAUGAUUAUGACUGUGCUUAUGGGAAUGGGGUCCUGACAGUACAUCUUGGCAGCGUUGAGGGCACUUAUGUAAUCAAUAAGCAGAUGCCAAAUAAACAGAUUUGGUUGUCUUCUCCUCUCAGUGGACCCAAGCGUUACGACUAUUUUGAUGGACAGUGGGUGUAUCUCCGAGAUGGGCGAGGGCUGCAUCGUCAGCUGGAAGAUGAAAUGACUGAAAUUAUGGGAUUCAGAAUUGAACUGAAGAAGUGUAAAUAUUACUCUUGGGGAAUGUCUGAUUCAAAGUAA